UUUGUCCCAGGUUUGCCAGGGUUUUCCAGCAUGUUUGGGAAGAAGAAGAAGCGGUUGGAGAUCUCGGCGCCGUCAAACUUCGAGCAUCGCGUUCACACAGGAUUCGACCCCCGGGAGCAGAAGUUCACUGGACUGCCCCAGCAAUGGCAGAGCCUGCUGGCCGACACCGCCAACAGACCCAAGCCCAUGGUGGACCCCUCCUACAUCACCCCCAUACAGCUGGCUCCUAUGAAGAUAUCUCCCAAGAAAGUGCGGCCGUCCGAAACGCCUUUGGUUAAAACCAUAGUUCGAGGAAACCGACCGCCCAAAGACGCCUCCAUCAACGGUUUACUGGAAGAAUUCGACAACAUUUCCGUGACCCGCUCCAACUCUCUCCGAAAGGAAAGCCCCCCUGGCGCUCACCAGGCUGGACCCCCCUCCAAACCCCUCAUCGGGACCCUCCCUGGCGGCCCCGAGGAGAAUGGAUUCAGCCACUACUACUCCCGCUACUCCUGUGACCUGGACACAUCGAGCAGGGACUUUGUGCUGGACCCUGGCAAACCUAGCUUUUCCAUAGACGGCGAAUGGGCGGUGGGAAGGCACUACCGAUUCACCAAACAAAAUGGUCACUCUCACCCGAUCCGUAGUCCCUUUUAUCCCGACGCGAUGCCCCAAAAGUCUGACUAUGCCAAGCUCCCGCCGGACUACCAUACGUACCUGGAAAGCAAGGGGCGUUCUGCCGACGAAGUAGCCUCGACGGUGGGUAGCGGGGUGGGGUCCAGCGGGUACUACCGGGCGUCAGUUGGGGGAUCAUCCAGCCAGGACUACAGGGAAACUUCAGUCGGUACGCCGUCUCGAGCGUCUCUACACAGCGAGCAGAUCACGUACCCAGAUAGCGAUUGGAGUUACGGAGGAUUACGAGAUGAUUACGAGAAGAGGCCCAAAAGUUCCUAUGUUUCGCAAACUAGUCCCACUCCGGCGAUCAGGCAGAGAUCGAGGUCGGGGUCUGGGCUGCAAGAACCAAAUGUCCCGUACGCGGCGAGCGGGGGGCUAAGGAACCCUCCGCAGGUCCAUUCGUACAGCUCCUACACCUACCCACGACUGUCCGAAAGUCUGGCCAAUUCACAGACGCUCGGAAAGAGCGAUUACGAGCGUCAGUCUCGGGACACCAGCCCUCAGGUGCUCAGUGGAGACACUUACCCCCGUGGGCCUCUCAAACUACCUCAGAGCCACCCCAAACCGCCAGGGUACCCCCCAGCGCACCUGCCGCCGCACCUGCCGUACCCGCCCGUGUUCCACCACUACAAGCCCUCGCCCUACCACCACCCGCCCUCCCAGCCCAGCCCUCCGUACACGCCACAGGGUGCGUACUCCCAGCCCUCGUCGCCCUACACCCCCGGGGCGUACCCUCCUCCGUCGUGGGGCUCCAGCUCAGACACUCAGCCCUCCAGAGUCUCCCACGAACAGUUCAGAGCCGCACUGCAGCUUGUCGUCAACCCAGGUGACCCCCGGGAGUAUCUGGACAGCUUCAUAAAGAUCGGGGAGGGCUCCACGGGGAUCGUGUGCAUCGCCAGUGAGAAACACAGCGGAAAACAGGUGGCGGUGAAGAAGAUGGACCUGAGGAAACAGCAGAGACGAGAGCUGCUCUUCAAUGAGGUGGUGAUCAUGAGAGACUAUCACCAUGAGAACGUGGUGGACAUGUACAACAGUUACUUGGUCGGAGACGAGCUCUGGGUCGUCAUGGAGUUUCUGGAGGGAGGGGCUCUGACCGACAUCGUCACUCACACCAGGAUGAACGAGGAGCAGAUUGCGACGGUGUGUCUGUCUGUGCUGAGGGCCCUGUCGUACCUCCACACUCAGGGAGUCAUCCACAGAGACAUCAAGAGUGACUCCAUCCUCCUCACCAGCGACGGAAGGAUCAAGCUGUCAGACUUUGGCUUCUGUGCCCAAGUCUCCAAAGAGGUGCCCAAGAGGAAGUCUCUAGUGGGGACCCCCUACUGGAUGGCCCCGGAAGUGAUCUCACGGCUCCCCUACGGCACAGAGGUGGACAUCUGGUCUCUGGGCAUCAUGGUGAUCGAGAUGGUGGAUGGAGAGCCGCCCUACUUCAAUGAGCCCCCCCUGCAGGCCAUGAGGAGGAUACGCGACAACCUGCCCCCGCGGCUAAAGGAGUCACAUAAGGUGUCCUCAGUUCUCCGCUCCUUCUUAGACCGUAUGUUGGUGCGAGAGCCGUCCCAGCGCUCCACGGCCCAGGACCUGCUCCAGCACCCCUUCCUCAAAAUGUCCGGACCCCCAUCAUGUAUCGUCCCCCUCAUGAGGCACUACAGGCACCGCUGACCCCCCUGUCCUCCCCUCUCUGUCUGCUCCCAAACUAACACCCCCACGCAAGACUCUGCUCACACCACCAGGGGGGGCACUACCGCUCUGCCCUGCCAAAACCACGGCAACGCUGCGGCGUGCCACGAACUCUCACAAACGUUGACGUAGAUUAGCUAGAGGAAUAUAUAAUCACGUACACAAGGAAGAAGAAGACCAUUUGGAGCUAGAAGAAGAACUAUUGCUCGUAGUUCUAGACUAGUCCUCAAGCUAACGGACUCCUGACAAAGAUGGGUCCCUUGGGUGCUCUGCGGUCGCCCACUGUUGCCCCCAGCGGCGUUGAAGGAAGGAUGGGUCAAAUGCAGAGGACAAAAUCCUUACGGGGACAAAGAACUUUAAAACAUAGAAGCGUUUUUCUCUCUUCCUUAAUAAUAACUCUUCGAUGUAGAGUUUUGAUAGCCAUCAGUCUCAACAUGGACGGCGAUGUUGGCUGUGAAUAUCCUGAAAUAUUCACAAUAUUAACUGUCAAAAUGUAUUUUAGAAAGACAUUUUCUUCUGUACAGUUUUGAUAAUUUGCAAAUUUUAUCGUGUCGUAACCAUUGUGAUAUGAACAGUAUUAAAUCAAUAGAGUUUCUUGC